GAGCAGGAAUAUUAACAGCUGGCUCAGCAACGUGAAGCGGAAGUUCAAGUGAAUUUGCAGCUGUCUUUUCCACAUCUCCAUUUUUAAAGGAAAACUGCACUAUUUAAAAAAAAAAAAAUUAACUGUAUACAGUAAAAGCUGUGUUAUCCGGCACUUUACCAACCAGAAAGCUCUAGAAACGGGCAUUUCUGAUCUCUCCCAAUACAAAUCUUCAAUCUAGUAACCAGGACCAAUGCCGAAUCUAACCGGAAUCGAUGCUGAAGUUAUUUGGGACCCAAGUAUUUCCGAGAGCAGUCGGACUACGCUCGAGUUAGCCAAGAAGAGCUGAAUGCUGUUCUUUCUGUUUGUAUCCGCCAUUGUGAUUGGUCAGUUUACUAUUCUGUGUAUUGUCCUGUGUUUAUUGUAAACUAUCAACGCCACCCUACCAUCAUGGCAUCCAAAAUACCAGCAAAAAGCAAAGGAAAGAAACGUAAGAGAGUUGUGUUGACAUUAAAACAGAAAAUAGAUAUUUGUACACGUCUUGAAAAGGGCGAGAAUAGGAAUGUUUUGAUGCAAGAGUACAAUGUUGGCUCGUCCACAAUAUAAGACAUCAAGGCUCAGAAAGGACAAUUGCUCAAAUUUUUUGCUAGUUGUGAGUCAAAUAAAGCUGUUGAACAACGCCAUACUCUGCAUAUGCCUAAAUUAGAGCAACUAGACAGUGUUUUAUAUGAAUGGUUUUCAUUGAAACGAUCGGAGGGUGCCUCUAUAUCUGGUCCAAUGCUCAUUGAAAAGGCAAAAGAUUUUUAUAAGCAAAUGCAAUUGACUGAGCCAUGUGCAUUUUCUGAUGGAUGGCUUUCAUGCUUUAAACUUCGUCACGGCAUUAGAAAGCUAGAUGUACCAAGCGAACAAAAAUCGGCUGACCGUGAAGCUGCAGAAAAAUAUUGUGAAUUUUUUAGAAAUUUAAUUGCUGAACAUGAUCUAUCCCCUGAACAAAUUUAUAAUGCUGAUGAAACUUGCCUAUUUUGGCGAUGCUUGCCAAAUUCUACCCUAGCAGGUGCAAGUGAAUCUAAAGCUGUUGGUUUUAAGCAGAAUAAAGACAGACUAACUGUUCUUACGUGGGCUAAUGCUGCAGGCUCACAUAAAAUAAAACUUUUGGUGAUUGGGAAAUAUAAUCAUCCUAGAGCUUUCAAAGGUGUUGCACAUUUACCUAUUGUUUACAAAGCGCAAGGUAAUUCAUGGAUGAACAAAGAAAUUUUUUAUGAUUGGUUUCAUCAUGUUUUUGUACCUGCAGUGAAAGAACAUUUUAGAAAAAUAAGCUUACCUGAAGAUAGCAAAGCUAUUCUAUUGCUAGACAAUUGUAGAGCUCACCCUCAUGAAACAGAAUUAGUGUCUGGCAAUAUUUUUACCAUCUUCCUGCCUGCUAGUGUUACUUCAUUGAUUCAACCUAUGGACCAGGGCAUCAUCCAGAAUAUGAAAUGUUAUUACAGAAGAGAUUUCCUGAGAGAGCUGAUCAAUCAUGAAGGCACUAUACAGGAUUUUCAAUCUCGUUAUAAUAUAAAAGAUGCAAUUUUUAAUGUUGCUUGUGCCUGGAAUUCUGUUAAAAGUGAAACAUUAAGGAGAGCUUGGAUAAAAUUGUGGCCUAGUGUUAUGUUUGCAGAAGUGUCUUCUGAUGAAGAUGAAUUUGAAGGCUUUAAAGUAAGUGUUAGAAAAAAUACAUUCGCACAAAUUCUUGAAAUGGUGAAGGAUACUCCUUCUUCACACCCCAUCAACAAACUUCAUGAAAGUGAGCUAGAAGAGUGGGUUGAAGCUGACAAGGGGGUUGAAGUGACACCUGCUGUUAUUGAUACAGAAAUAAUAGAGACUGUUUUGAAUACUGAAAAGUCAAAAGACACUGGUAAAGACAGUGAAGAAGAUGAUUUUAGUGAAGAGGACAAAAUAACUUGGGGAAAGGCUGCUUCAGCUUUUAAUACAAUAAUUAAAUUUGCAGAAAGGCAGCCAUGUUAUACUGCCCAGGAGGUUAUGUAAUUGCACAUUCUGCACUCUACUUUUAUGCAAAAGAGGCAGAAGACAAGUCCCAGAUGA